GGAUAACUAAUGGCAAGCAUGGCUGUCUAGCGUGCCUGUCACUCCUAUUGUCCUUCCAAACUCUUUCAGACAUUUUGAGCAGGGAGUAUUAAAGCUAUGAGUUAGCAAGGGUUGUGACAUUAAUGGUCCACAAAGGCUUUAGGCACGAGAAGUAAUGAUGAUUACCAGUGGCUAUUGGGAGGACUGCACUGGAUUGCUGUCACUAGAAAUUAAGCGUGGCUUUUGAGGAAGAUGUGACAACUACCGGAGGUCUUUUUACCAUUCCUCCAGGACUUCCACCAUAAGGAAAGAAGCCCCUGGACCAACACCCUCUAAGAUGUUUAUAUGGACCAGUGGCCGGACCUCUUCAUCUUACAGACACGAUGAGAAAAGUGUGUGGACAGAAGAAUCUCAGUGCACCUUGCUGAAUGCAUCCAUCACGGAAACAUUUAAUUGCUCCUUCAGCUGUGGUCCAGACUGCUGGAAACUCUCUCAGUACCCCUGCCUCCAGGUGUACGUUAACCUGACUUCUUCCGGGGAAAAGCUCCUUCUCUACCACACCGAAGAGACGAUGAAAAUCAAUCAGAAGUGCUCCUAUAUACCUAAGUGUGGAAAAAACUUUGAAGAAUCCAUGUCCCUGGUAAGUGUUGUCAUGGAAAACUUCAGGAAGUACCAACACUUCUCCUGCUAUUCUGACCCAGAAGGAAACCAGAAGAGUGUCAUCCUAACCAAACUCUACAGUUCCAACGUGCUGUUCCAUUCCCUCUUCUGGCCCACCUGUAUGAUGGCCGGGGGUGUGGCGAUCGUUGCCAUGGUGAAACUCACGCAGUACCUCUCCCUGCUCUGUGAGAGGAUUCAACGGAUCAAUAGAUAAAAGCAAAAAUGGAUGACAUAAUUUUCUUUAAAGCUCAAAUACUGUUUUCUUUCAUUCUUCACCAAAGAACCUUAAGUUUGUAGUGUGCAGUCUGUUAUAAGUUCCUUAAUAUAUUCUUAUACGUAGAGCAAUAAUGCAAAAGCUGUUCUAUAUGCAAACAUGAUGUCUUUAUUAUUCAGGAGAAAAAAAUAACUGUUUGGUGUUGAUUGGUUGUUUUCAUAAUCUUGUUUUGAUGCUGGAACUAGUACUUUUUCCUCUUGUUCCACCAAAAUAGGGCUCAGUUAUUCAUUGCCAAGCUUUGUGGAGAAAUGUAGACAAUAUCAAUGUGAUCAGGUCUGCGUUCUGAGUUGUCAGGUCUCUUGAAGACAAUAAUUUUCAUCAUUUAUUGUUUACUAAAGCUACAGCCAAAAAAAAUUUUUUUUCUUUAUUCCAAACUGAGCCCUGUAGCAAGUGAAGGGACCAGAUUUUCUAAUUAAAGGGUGUUAAGCAUUUUCCUUGUAUCUUUACCAUAUCACUGUAAAGAAGAGAGGAAACCCAGCCAGCUACCUUUCCCGCAUUACUUUUUAUUCAUAACUUUCGAUUUUUUAACUGAUUUCAAAAAAAUAAGCUGUUUUCAUCAGCCAAUUCUAUCUAAUCCCUUCCUGUGAUAAAAAGAAAGUGAACAGAGCCCUUUUCCACUUAAGACCCUGCUACUGUGUGAAGAGAUGAUACCUACAAGGAGUUUCCUUACCUGUGAACUGCCUGAAUGCCAGUAGGUGCUCCAUUACGAUCUAGGAAAGUGUGUUACUAAGACACUUGUAUCAAAAUCUCUAUUCCAUUUCUACUGAACUGUUAGGUGGUAAAAUUAAGAUGCUACUUGCUGGUAAAGCCUGGUGGACUGAUUUCAAAGGUUAAAUCUGUCGUGGCAAAUUAACAUGCUGGAAUAUUGUUCUUUGGGAAUUUAUGUUUAAGUUAAUGAAUGUGUAGUCUCUCCUGACAAGUGUUCUCUAUUGGGAUUUUAAAGCUAUGUGCACAGAAUAUUUGUCUCCUCUACAUAUUUUAUUUUUCUAUUUACAAUUCCCUUUUUUUGUUGUUAUAUUUUAUACACAGAAUAGACCUUUUUCCUAACACACAUUUGAACUGAAUAACAGAUCUAAAGUAAGCCUUCGUUCACAUUGCUAUGUACUUAUUGUGUUUGUGGGGGGAAAUGAGGGAUUGGUUUUAAAUAAAAGCAUUUCAUCUUUUAUUUAAUAUCAAUAUCAAAAGGAGAAGACAAGCAUCUAUCUUUCUCAUCUAUAUUUAAGUACCUUUUUGUAAUGUAGUAUCAAAGUUUUUUAGGUAUUGCAAAAUUUUACAAAUCACUUGUGGAAUGAGUGGUAAAACUUAUAUGAUGAAGUGAAAAUUAUUCUGCAAUAUUGUAAUUCAUAGUCUAACUUUUCAUAAGCAAAUAAAAUCCCUAGGGUGUAAUCAGGACUUUAAAUGUGUAAUUAAAUUUUUUAAUCCAUUAAA